UUCAGCUGGAGCGCAAGAAGUAGAAACGUAAACAAACGACGCUACGCUCGAGAAUAAAUACAUUUUGUGGUUUUAACAAUUUACAAAAUGCCCACAAUCAUAGCCGUCGAUGCAUCAAUUUCGAUGCUGCGCCAGGUGCCCGGCCGGAAUGAGCACACAUAUCUAUCGCUGGCCAUCAAGGGCAUUCAGCAUCUGCUGGACAAUUUCACGGCGGCCGGCAAACUGGAGCACCUUGCUCUGAUGUCGUACACCAUGACAGCGGAUCUGAGGGUGGAUUUCACGCGUGACUACGAUCAGAUACGACAGGCGGUAAAGAAGAUUGAGACUGUGGACAAGUCCUGUCUGUUGACGCUGCUCAAGACAUCCGUCAGCAUAAUGUCCACCUGGGGGGCACAGAAUGUGCUCCAGCUGGUGGUGUUCACCGACUGCGGUCUGGGCUUUUGCAGCACCUCGAUCAGUGGGUUCCUGGAAAGGUAUGCCGGCAAGGAAGCCGAUCCGGAGUACGCAUGGCUCCGCACGGUGGCCAAUUACAAUCUGAACUUCAUCUGCCUGGGACUGCACAGCGAUCUCUUUUUCACACGCGCUCUGGUCGUGUAUCAGCAGCUGCUGGAUGCUGCCGCACUGAAGGGUCAGCUGUUUAUGACGCCCGUCAAGAACCAGGAAACAAAUGAGGGAGGAAGCGCCGCCUCUGCGCCGAGUCACAAAAGCGAACUGGGACGCACGGCCGUCUUUGAGCUGAUUGAGCGUCUGUGCGAGACAAGCUACAAGUCCACGGAAGUCACGUUGAGGUGCGGCAGCUAUUUCCGCAUGGAGGCGCCCGUCCUCCUCUGGCCACCCACAACGCCGUACGAGCAGCCGGCAGUGCUGGGUGGCGUAGAGGCGCAGCUGCGACACAUUGAUCAGCGCAUCGAGGUGUGUGGCUUUCUGGCACUCUCCGACAUUGGCUCGCCGGCGACACUCAGUCGGCAUUGGGUGCUGCCAAAGGUGGAGCGUGAGAAGACAAGUCGUCGGUCGGCAGGCAUGGCUGCGGGCAUGGCGAAGCCAGCGAAACUCACGCUAGACACGAGCAAUCCCAACUAUGUGCUGGAGAGUCUGGAGCAGGACAUUCGUGAGUUUUACGCCAAGGACCCCAAGGACACCGAAGAGAGCGGCGACGAUGCGGAUGUCACGAUCGUGCUCAAGCACUCCACUGGCCCACAAACGGAGCAGCAGCGAGAGUCCCUCUGUGUCCUGCUGCACGGUGCUCUGAAAAUGGAGAACAUGGCCGCCCUGGUGCGAGUGGGCGAGAAGUGGUAUGGCUUCAUCUAUGCCUUCACCGAUGCCAAGAAGAAGUCCAAUCUGAUGCUGAACAUUCUGCCCCCGGGCUCGAAUGUCAUACCCUGGCUGGGAGAUCUGGAGCUGCUUGGCUUUGCCGAGGAUCUGGCACCCGGCGAAACAGCCAGCUUUCCGGUACGCGCCGAUCGUCGCUCCUACUCGCAGAGCAGCGUUGUGUGGAUACGGCAGGCGAGUCUGCAGUCCGACGUGCAGAAGGUGCUGCGACACGCCAAGAAGAUGCCCGACAAGACGCAGCACUUUUACAAGGAACUCAAUCGCAUUCGUCGUGCCGCGCUGGCGCUCGGUUUCGUCGAGCUGCUGGAGGCUCUGGCCAUGCUGCUCGAGAAGGAGUGCGCUCACCUCACACUGAAUGGCGCCAGCAACGAGUGCACGGUGCAGCUGCAGCACGCCGCAACGGAGCUGCGUAAAACCUCUAAUCGUGACAUCAAAUCCACAAUUGUGCCUCACCAAAAGGGUGGGGUGCCGGAUGUUAGCAGCUCAGCUGCCACUGCAUCCACAGCGGGUUAUAUGUAUUAAA